AUGGCGGAAAGCUUGAGAGUUGACGAAAAUCAUAGUCAAACAAGAAUCGAGCUUACUAAUGUGUUGCAUUCUGUACUGAGGCAACUACAGUCAGAAAACAUUGAUGAAAAUGUAAUUGAUAGCAUACAGUAUCGUCUUGACUGGAUAUAUAGCACGGUAGUGAGAUACGUUGAUUCGGAUAUUGUUGAUGGGAGGGUUGUUAACUGCAUACGAAUGGCUAAGGAAUGCCUACAACAAAACUUGGGGAGCAACACUUCCCAAGCACUUGCAGUUGAGAGUUUUUUCUGGAGAGCGGGGCAGACCACGACUUCAAAUACCAUUCGAACAGCUGGAAUUUUUAUUGGAAAAAAAUUCAACAUUGAUGAAAUUGCAAAAUUAUUCAGCACCAGUAAACGUACAGUUGAAAGGCGUAUGCGUGACAUCGGGCUGUCUGCCUCAAGUGUUUAUACUUAUUUAUCCGAUCAACAAUUAGAUGCGUUAAUAACUGACAUUCAAAGAGAUUUUCCAAAUGUUGGUUGCAAGAGAGUAACUGGUCUUCUGAGGGUGAGGGGUGUCUACAUGCAGCAGGCCCGUAUCCGUCAAUCCAUGCGCAGAGUCGAUCCUGAAGGAAUCCUCCUACGAGCACUUGAAAUGAGCAUCAUUCGGCGAAGACGUUACAAUGUUGCUGGCCCUCUUUCCUCAUGGCAUAUUGAUGGAAACCACAAAUUAAUACGGUAUGUUAUUAAUAGCUGUGUAUAGUAGCCUGCAGCACAUUUGUAGCAAUGCUGUUCCAACAACUUGUUAACAGGAUGUGCUUGUAUUGCUUGUUCCCAGCUUGUUAUAGGUCUGCAGCAGACUUGCUACAAGGUUGUACAUGUUGAUUCUGUUUAUUGCUAGAUACAAAAUGAUCACAUGAUAACAAUAACUAAUCUAUAAUAUAUUCAUAAGCCAAUUCAUACUGUUACCCCCCCCCCCUGCGGGGACGUGCAUUGCAAAAGAAAAUAUCCCAGGGGUGGGAAAUUGUCAAAGGGAUAUUAUCCCCGGGGGUAUAGGGCGGGGAUCUAGCAAAGAUGAGAAGUAAAUAGGAGCCUGGUAACUAAACAUCAAAAUUUGCCCGGGGAGAUGGUAACAAUACGAAUUGACUCAUGCAUUAUAGGUUAUUAGUUGGAAAAAAUACAAAAUAAACCUUUCUUCAUUGCUUACUUUGGGAAAAAUGGUUUUCUCUAUUUUGAAAAACUCUUCAGGCCAAUCAGCAAUCGCAACCAAGCACCGUGGAGAAUUUAAAAUAAUCACCUACAAUCAGUGACAUUGAAAUGUGGGACACUUGAAUUUAUUUGUGCAAAUUCACAGCUAAAACCCCAGUUCCAAUGUUGCAUAACGUUGCAGUAUAAUUAUCAACAUCACAAUAUUGUACGCACCACAAAAUAUAAUUUAUUAUUGAAAUCAUUUCACCGCGACACCCCCACUUUUUUGGCAUCCAGCGCAUUCUGUUUCAAAGUCUUCACAUGAUAUCUCAUAUGUACCACAUGACCAGCUAGAUGUUCAACCGCUCUUGAAAAAUAUUUGGGUGCGCAUUCUGCCGAAGUGUAUGCCACUAUUUUACAAGAUCGAGAUCACAUUUUCGGUAAAACGUAGAUCAUAAGUAUUUAUGGGACUCUAAAGUGGAGAAAUCGAGGUGAAUAUUUCAAAUUAAACGAAUAUAUUUCAUAUAUUUUGUUGCUUGACCUUCGUUUGGACGUCUGUGACCUUGUUUACCUUUGAAUAAAUUGACAGUUGAGUACUACGCACCUGAUUGGACAAUAAAAUUAGAAACCCAUUUAAUUAGUUUAACUGUCAGACUGUCAAAUUGAAACUUGCAGUUUUUCACACCCUGUCUGCAACAAAUUGUGAUCACGAGGUUCGGAAAUAUUUAAUUACGAGGUACGUUUGAAUACAUUACGUGUUGUCUCUUUCUUAGCAUACGGCCAGAAAAAAAAAGUGGAGGUGUCGCGGUCUACUGAUUUCAAUAAUAACCCAUUAAGCCGCAGAGCUACCCCAUUGACGAGUAAAAUCGUCUGGCAUUAGACAAGUCAAAAAAUAAGUAGGGCGCAUUGCAGCUCAAUGGGUUAACUGGAGACAUUGUCAGAUUUUUUGGUUAACCAUUAAGCUGCAGAGCUUCGCCAAUGACGAGUGAUAUCGUCUGGGGUUAGACAAGUAAAAAAGAAAUAAGUAGGGUGCACUGGGGUGCAUUGCAGCUCAAUUGGUCAAAAAGAAGUAUAACAACAUUGAACAGCGGGAAGGGAACGGGGGGGGGGGGUGUAAUGUAAUUCAUUUAACAUUUAACCCUAUUGGUCCACAUUGGAUUGUAUCACAGUUAAUAGAAUACAUGGUUUGGAGACUCAAUGAAAGUACAAUAUAAUUCAUUAACUAUGUUGGUUUCGGUUUAUGCAAGAACUUGGGCCUAUCUCGUCACGUGUGUAUUGUAUUUUUUCCCGCACAACCAAUAGCAAUGUAUUGAGCAUUUGUUCAAGUUACGGAUGAAUAACUCAAGCACAAACUUGUUAUUGGUUAUUUUUGAGCGAAAAUACAAUACACACAUGACGAGAUAGGACCAAAUUCUUGCAUAAAGCUGGACAAUAACAUAGUUAAUGAGUUAUAUUGUACUUUCAUCGAGUCUCCAAACCAUCUAUUAAAAUAACUGUGAUUGUAUGUAAUUAUUCUAUAAAAAAAUUUUAAAAAAAACAGUCACAGACUAUAUGGGACAUAAUUCAUGUCUUUUGUCACUAGAAAUGGGACAGAGGGCUGAAAUUUCAUAUUUGUAACUCUGUCAUUUCCCAAUGACAGCACAGCAAAGAUGACACCAAACCUUGUUUAUGAAAGUAUGUCAGUCUCUCCAAUAGUAACCACUGAGGCCUAAGAAUAGUAUUUACUCAAAUGAGUUGAAUGCUAAGUUGCUAACAUGAGGUAUCUACAAGGAAAAACAUGUCAAUUCAUUUUAUAGUUGGCGAUUUGUAAUUCAUGGUGGAAUAGAUGGCUUCUCCCGAAUGGUAGUAUUUCUUGCAUGCUCUACAAAUAACCGGGCUUCGACUGUUCUCCAGUGCUUCAAAUCAGCAGUUGAUAAAUUUGGGCUUCCAUCUCGUGUUCGCUCAGAUAAGGGAGGUGAGAACACUGAAGUUGCAUGGUACAUGCUGUCUCACCCUUUAAGAGGUCCAGAUAGGGGAAGCCACAUUGCUGGUAAAAGUGUCCACAACCAACGAAUAGAAAGGUUGUGGAGAGAUGUAUUCACUGGUUGCACUUAUCUUUUCUACAACUUGUUUUACCAUAUGGAAGACGAAGACAUUCUUAAUCCAUCCAAUGAACAACAUCUGGCAGCGUUGCAUUAUGUGUUCCUCCCAAUAAUCAACCGACACUUGAUGUUAUUCACAGAGGGUCACAACAGAGGACCCAUUAGUACCGAGCAAAACCAAUCCCCAGAGCAAAUGUGGUUUAGAGGGAUGCUCUCGAACCCUAGCAGAAGAAUUGCCGAAGAAUUUUCUGAUCAGGUAAAUAUUCUUUAGACUCGCUUUUUACACUUCUUGUACAUACUUAAGGCCCGAUUACACUAUACCGGACUACUAUCGUCGUGGGUAAAAUUUAACAGCUAGUGAAGUGCUGAGGAAAUUUUUAACGACAGUGACACGAAAAAAUGUACAAAAAAUACUAAAUGAGUAAACCGUUGUUGGUAACCAUUGCUCGUAAACAGCGAACAAAGAUGUCGUGACAAGCGAAUCCGGUAUGUAUAUAUGCAUACAUGUACCGUACUAUCUAGUGACUAAUGUCAUAUCCGAUUUGUCAGUUCUACUCCAUUUCCCUAAAUGUAAUAUAUGUAAUACAUUGCAUCAACAUAGUCUCUCUUUAUAUGUAUGUUAACCUUAACUGGCUUAACAGGUAUAUGUUUAUUAUCUAGAACUUUUCAGACUAUGGCGUUGACUGGGACAGUCCCUGUCCAAGUGCUGAAGCAACAGAUGAAAUUGUUGUUGUGGUGCCUGAAACUGAAUUACCAAUAAAUGAGACCGAGGCAGAGGAGCUACGGAGAUUGAUUGACCCUCUACGAGACUCUCUGUAUCAUGGGGUAGACAUAUAUAUAGAAGUUAUUUCUUUCUUGGACGAAUGUUUACAAAAUAAUUUAUAG